CAGUAUGCAACCCGACGAUGUAAACGUAGCGCGCGUUCAAUAGGGGCUGUCAAAAUAUCAUUGUUUACAAAAAAACGAUAGUGCUGGGGGAGUAUUGAAAACAAAGGUGAAUUGAGUGAAUUUUUCGCAACCAACAAACAACACAGGACCAUCCAAAACGGGUCAUUCUGUUGUUUGCCUCUACCCGGGAGGAAGAAGAAAACGGCUUAUCGAAUCCUGCAUAUCAAUUCUGCAACCGGCUGGGUAGCUAAUGCGCCAUAAGGAAAAUGGCCCUUUCUAACGUCCUGAUACUGAGCCAAAUCGCUGGCCAUGUAUUUGCAUUCAUCCUGUCCAUGUGUAUCUUUAUACCGCUCGCGAUACACGUACGAUCGUUCGACGGCCACUGCUUACUGUUUACCACCGGUACCUGGCAAGAGAAAGAUGGACUUUUUGAUGUAAAAUGGGCCUCGGAAGCGUACUGUAAUUAUCCUAUCAUCGUCGGCGUUUGCUUGUUCAUCAUUGCCGGAAUCCAAAUCUACAGGAUGGCUGUACUGGCUUAUCGGGAGCUAGAGAGUUCCUUUCUGGGAUUAUUUUUCGACGUCGUAUUCAGCAUUUCGCUCUGUGCAAUGACUCUGAUCGCCGCUAUCAUUAUUACUCUUGGCUUUAUGGCCUGGUGCGGUGAAAUGACCGCCCGUUUCCCUUCAUGCGAAAUUGCGGAUGGCCAGAACAUUACCAACGUCGAACUUAACAUUCAAACUUCCGGUUUCUACAUUGAAAUGGGCACGGCACAGUUCGGUGCCUGGGCCUCGUUCGCAACCUGGGUCGGUUUGUCAGUGUUUUCCUUGUUAAAACUCAUCAACAACCAUCAGGUGCGCAACAUUCGCGUCUCAAUGUACAUCGAGCGACAGCGUUUAGUAAACGAGGAGGUCUAUCGCAAUACAACAUCCGAGCUCCCAUCGGGAGCGCUCAGUGAUAACUAAACACGCAAUACACUGUUGGCUUUUUUUCCCGCGUCACCCGUGAACCAGUACGACUGGCUGUCCAGAUGGGAUGGAAGGUAAUGGAAAUUGGUAGCCAAUAAGCAAAAACAUCAACUAAGAUAUUGUUUCCUUACAUUACUAUCAUCGUAUUUGGUGUAUACAGCUUUAUUUUUAAUAUUCUACUCGAUUAAUGUAGGUAUACCUGUUAUCGCACAUUUACUAAAGUCAAUCAGCGAAGCGAAAUUCCAUAACUCUUUUGAAUUAAGGUGGAAAAGUGAAAUUUGAAACUAGCAAAAAAUAAAUACAAGAAAAAAAAACUA